GAAGUGGCAGUGGUGUCGGAUUCCAUAGUUUCGGAAUUUCCAGUCAAAACCGCUUUCGCUCUCUGUCUGGUGACAUACACAGGGUGUGAAGGGCCAUACGAGCGUUUUCCGACAUGAGCUAUUCGGGGUGCCUCAUUCUCAUCUUUGCAACCUACGCAUUUCAAGGGACCAAAGCGUUCCAAGAGAAAGGCCUUAGCUGUAUGGUCGAAGACUACACAGAGGAUGACUAUAGACUAGUGACGGUGAAUGUUGAGAGCUUAUCUCUGUGCGAUAAUGCGCGGGACUGCGUCAACAACGAAGACGAAACGCCUGAAAUGUGUGAGUCAGACAUUCAUAGACUUGAGGAAGUGCUUGUCUCGGAAGUCGGGAACACGUCGGCUUCACUCAAUUGGGAGUUCGACCAUUAUGGAUCAUACAUGCCGGAUGGCUUUCUCUUGACGCGGAGGUCAGACGUUGAUGCUGCGUCCACGAAGCUGGAGAAUGCACAUCUCCAAAGUUACAUUGUGAAGGACCUACUUCCAUUCACCACCUACACUAUCAUCCUAAGACCGUACAGAAAUAAUAGAUAUGGGGGAAAAUACAAAGUUGGACGGGCAAAAUCCGUCAGUCUGCACACCAGCGGCAAAGUUCCCCCCGCCAGCACUGCGCCUCGUGGAUUGGAGGAUGUCAGCAUCCAUUGCCAGGACCCGAUUGUUCCCAGCACGAACAUAACCGUGGCCAGCCUGUCCUUAUGUGACGAAGUACAAGACUGUUUUCAGGGCGCCGAUGAAAUGAAGGAGCUCUGCGGUAAUAUAAUGCAGAUUAAGCUUUUGCCGGAAGAGAGCGCUGCCAAAUCCGUCACCUUAAACUGGAGCAUGGUGAGCCAAAAUAAACCAUGGGCAGCAUCUAUCGAAGCGCAAAGAACGACACUCUACGGAAAGAGAACAGUGCCAGACGGGUUCUUUGUGACAACGAUAUCGAAGAUUGGAGUCCUUACCCCAGAUAUUGAGAAUAUUGCAGGCACACGGUUCAGGAUAGGUAACUUGAAUUCGUCAACAAACUACACGUUCCUGGUGAGACCCUACGUCAAUUCAGCUGGAAGCAGACGUGGCUACAAGGUCGGCAAGCUGGUCCCAGUAUCUGUAACUACAGAAAUUGCUGGACUACAGAAUAUAACGAGCUUUCGUGCGGGUAACGAGGGCACACUUGUCACCUGGAAUGCCGAAGCGGACGCUCAGUUUUUUCGGGUUAACUUCGAGGACCGGCACGACCACCCGCGCGAACUCAACAUGAGGACUAUACGAAGUUUCCCAAACUCUACAGCUGUUGGCACGAGAAGCAAAUUGUUCAGCAUGCUUCUGCCACCAGGCAUUCAAUGGUCAUACUUCACUGGCGCCGCCUGUGGUGUGCAUAGGUGUAGCAAUAAGACUUGGAUGAAGAUUCAGCAUCAUAAAAAAGGAGGUCCUGUCGUCACAAUAACGUAUGUAGCAGCCACAAGUCCCACGUCAUUCGACCUCAGGUGGACUAUGGAAGACUACAGUUCGAAGUCCAUCGAUGGAUUCUGGGUCACGUACUGCAAGGGACCUGCUACUUCAUGUCGCGUGCUUCAGUCGUCGAACGGAUCACUAACAGUCAUUGGCCUCACACCAGCCACAACGUAUAAUAUUAAAGUGCAACCACGAAUAAGGACACGUUCUGGAAAUAUUGAACUCGGUGUAUCCAGUGAAGCACAGAUAUCCACCUGGACGAACGUUCCUGAACACCCCACGCUGAAUAACUAUCAUGUAGUCACGCCUCCUUGUCAACUCCACGUCAGCUGGACUUUCUACAAUAGCACGGUGUCUUAUAUUCAGGUCUCACUGGAAAACGACAUCUGGCUAAACUGCACAACACCAGCCCAUUGCAACGCCCACGUAUUUGACGACGAAAUGAAGUCGGACACAGCAACUGGUUCACUCAUAGUAUGGAACCUUGAGUACUACACGAGCUACGAGAUACUACUAAGAGGCUGCAACAAGAAUGGUUGCGGGUCCAACGCCAGUAUUGGUGUGUCAACGCCUAUAGAGGCUUCCAGUGCUCCAGUAAACCUGAGUGUUGAGCAGCUCAUAAACGGCACAGAGCUGGUGAGAUGGGAGAGGCCAUUGGAGCCCCGUGGCCCUCUUGACGGUUACGCUGUGUCGUGGAAAUGUGAGGACGAAACGACUAUGGAGGCUAUGGUGGCAGACGUACAGUUUCUCAUCUCUGAGUCGCUGACUGGCCAGAACUGCUCAGCAUCUGUUCUAGCCUUCCAUAUCACUGCAGAACGUCAUCAGCUGCGGGGAAAGCAGGCGUAUAUAGAGUUCGAACUGACCGACACCAGCGGAAAUCCAGAUCCCUAGAAUGAGUGAACAGGAAGUGCCCGAAUAAACGAAUAUUCUUUCUAUUCUUUUUUACAGA